CCGGUUGCGCAAUAGUGGACUUCUUUCACUCGAGCUCUGAGACUGAAGUCAGUCAGUCCAAAGAAACUUUCGUUACAGCAGCAGGCGAUGCUCGCCCUUCUUCUGUGAAGAUUGAGCUGAACCAAAUAAUGUUAUGUUUUUCACACUAUGUGCUGAACGCCCACAAUGCCAGGAAAUAUUUAAGAACCGUUAUCUUUGGAAGAGCUUUAUCGGUUCCAGUGGAACCUUUAGGACUUACCGCCGUAUCGUUUUACGCAAAACGCACAUAGACACCAAUGCAGCAAUAAGAGAAGACCUUGGGGACCGGAGCAUCACAGACCGCGCUUCGCUACAAUGCCCGUUCAAGCUCCGCAAUGGACAGAGUUUCUGUUGUGUCCCAUCUGCACGCAAACCUUCGAGGAAAACCACCGCAAACCCAUCAGCCUGGGCUGCGGACACACUGUCUGCAAAAUGUGCCUGAACAAACUCCACCGCAAAGCCUGUCCGUUCGACCAGACCACCAUCAGCACAGACAUCGAGCAACUGCCCGUCAACACUGCGCUGCUGCAGCUCGUCAGUGGACAGGUACCCAAAGCUCCUCCCGUGACGUUACUGACAGCUGCAGAGGACGUCAAACACUAUGAGGAGUCACGCACGUGUGUGGAGGAUCUGGCGCUCUAUCUCAAACCCCUCAGCAACACCAGAGGUGCAGGUCUGAAUGGCGCAGCUCAGAGUGUCCUCAGCAGGCCCAUGCAGAGGAAGCUGGUGACGCUGGUGCACUGCCAGCUGGUGGAAGAGGAGGGCCGCAUCCGGGCCAUGAGGGCAGCCCGUUCCCUGGGCGAACGCACAGUCACAGAGCUCAUUCUCCAGCAUCAGAACCCCCAGCAGCUCUCCUCCAACCUAUGGGCCGCCGUCAGAGCCAGAGGCUGCCAGUUUCUUGGCCCUGCCAUGCAGGAAGAAGCAUUAAAGCUGGUUCUGCUCGCUCUGGAGGAUGGUUCGGCCCUUUCAAGGAAAGUUCUGGUCCUGUUUGUGGUCCAGAGAUUGGAACCACGCUUUCCUCAGGCCUCCAAAACCAGCAUAGGACACGUGGUGCAGCUCCUCUACAGGGCCUCCUGCUUUAAGGUGACCAAGCGUGAUGAGGACUCCUCCUUGAUGCAGCUGAAGGAAGAGUUUCGCACAUAUGAGGCUCUUCGUAGAGAACACGACUCUCAGAUCGUCCAGAUCGCAAUGGAGGGCGGCCUGCGCAUUGCCCCAGACCAGUGGUCUUCUCUCCUGUAUGGCGACCAGUCCCACAAGUCCCACAUGCAGUCUAUUAUUGACAAGCUUCAGACUCCAGCAUCUUUCGCUCAGAGCGUGCAGGAGCUUACCAUCGCCCUGCAGAGAACCGGAGAUCCUGCCAAUCUGAACCGCCUCAGGCCUCAUUUGGAGCUGUUGGCCGACAUCGACCCCAGUCCAGAUGCCCCUGCGCCCACAUGGGAGCAGUUGGCUAAAGGGUUGGAGGCGGUACGGACUGUUGUUCAUGGACUGGUGGAUUUCAUCCAGAACCACAGCAAGAAGGGAGGGGAUCAGCAGCAGCCUCCUCAGCACAGCAAAUACAAGACCUACAUGUGCCGUGACAUGAAGCAGAAGGGUGGCUGUCCCCGUGGAGCGAGCUGCACCUUUGCUCACUCUCAGGACGAGCUAGAAAAAUACCGUAAGAUGAACAAGCGUGUGGGGAUGCGCCGUCAGCUCAGUCAGUCUCUUACCCAGCUGAAUGAGCUGGAUCUGGGACUGUUAUCUGACGACGGGCCGCCCAUGGAGGGUCUGCCACGCAAAUCCUCCUCUAUCACCAACGGGAUACUGGCAGCGGGACCUGGAUCGGCUCUGGCUCAUCUGGUUUCCCGAGGCUCGGACCCAUCUUAUGAGCCCACACACAAACCUACCAAGAUGGAUUCUGGGAGCCUUAGUGCACCUGGCUCACCUCCAGACUCAUUGGAAUCCAUACCGAAACCAUCAAUGCUCAUGAAUGCCCAGUCCAGGAUAGCAGGCGAUGGCGCAGUGGGACAGAAGCACUUGUCUGCGGUGCCUAGAGUUCCUCAGAUGUAUUCGUCACACCAGCCUGACCUGUAUUUCCCUGAAACAAGAGCACCACCACCACCAUCUGCCUCAUACGAAUCCUCCCAGUAUGCCACAGCUGGUAAUCCUUACCCCCACCAUCAUCGUUACCCCCGUCAUCCCGCACCCGAUCCAGGAAUGUCGCCAUAUCCGGACUCUUAUCCCAACUCCUACGUCUCAAAGCACCAAUACGCCAAUCCUAGCGCUCAUUAUGGAUACCCUUCACGCCAUGACAACCGAUGCCACUCACCCUACGCUCAUCCCCAAACAUUCGCCCCACGUGAAGAGCUAGUCCGAAGAAGUCCAGACAUCCCUCCCCCGCUACAACCCCAAAACACCAGCACCUCAUAUCUACCCGAAUCUGCUCAGGAGAGAUACACCAAUGACACCUAUAACCAUCCCAGCCAGAUCAGGAAUUAUCACAGGAAUGCCUACCCUCGAACUCAGCACUCGCUGGACUACCUGCACCGGCGCAGAAAGGAGAUCAUGGCCCAGCUGGAGGAGAGGAAGGUUGUUUCUCCACCGCCUUUCGCCUCUUCACACUCUUAUGACUCGGGCUACCCUCAAGAUAUGAGGGCACAGAGAGAUUACAUUGAGAACUCGCAUGGAUUUGGACACUUCCGGGAACCGGACUACACUGCCUCAUAUUCACCAUGGUUAUGUGACACCAUCGGUUCUUACAUCGGCAGCAAAGACAUGAAGUCCAAAGAGGGCAUGCACUCCAUGGACGCACAAAAUGUAGAGAAAGGCAAAAGUCUGCGAGUACACGGCUUGGAGCUUCAACGCAGAGCGACUGAAGUUAAAGACGAUGACCCCAUCAUUCCCUUUGGCUCCCUGCCAACCGUGUCUCGUUUCGGAGCCAUUUCGCGCACAUCUAAACCGGGCUUCCCGCCAAACAGUCCAAUGCCACCCUUGCCAAACUCUGCCAAGCACACCGCUGAUUAUACCUAUGCGAACCACAGUGGGUGGAGUGGUGACUCCUACCAGUCACACCAAACGUCUCAGGGCCACUUCAGCGAGCGGUCCAGUUUAUCUCCUGCCGUACAGGCCCGCGAGCAGCUCAGGAUGGAGCUACAGCAGGUCAACCAGCAAAUCAGCCAACAGACACACCCCCGCCUGGAGAACUCCAGCUCAGUGAUGUCCCAAGCAUCUCGGGUGGACUGGAGCUCUGGGAAUUUGUCCAGCGAACAGCUGAGUUUCGAGCUGCACCAGGUGGAGAAAGAGAUCAACAAGAGGUCACAGGAGAUGGAGAACCAUGAUGGCAAAUACAAGCGCAUCUCAGUUGAAAAUGGACCAGAUGAACAUCUUCUGCAGAGAGAUGAGCAUCAACUGAGUCUGAGUGAGGGCUCCAAUGGUUCCAUGGGUUUGGUCCAGGACUGUGGUCUCGUCAGCAGCAGCAUGUCCUCACUGACCAGCAAGACGUCCUCGCUCAGCUUGUCCUCUGAACAGGUGGCCAGCAGCCCCGAUCUGCCCAAGAAUGGAGUCGUUCACUCUUAGCCGGCUCAUAUUCUACCUCAUAUUCCCCUUUCGCAA